ACAAUAAAGAGCAGUUUGGUUCUGAUUUUGUUUUAUGUUGUACACUAUUUGAUUUGACAAAACGGAAUUUUUCAUAUUUUUUAUAUUUCGCUCUUGUGCUAAUGAAACUUGUCAUGUUCCUACGUGCAUGUCAUCUUUUCUUUUUCAACUACUGUGUUAUUUAGUUUUAUUUUAUUUUUGUUAUUCAUUAUUAUAAUAAAUAUUGUUUUAACCUACGAUUUUUACUGUCAGUCUGAUUUUUAAGUUUAGUAAGGCUAAGCGAGUCAUGUAGUUGUCUUGUAUAUAAAAAGUUAAAUUAUUUAGUAAGGACUCAAAGGCUCAUUUUUUAAAUUAUUAGUCCUUUACUCUUGCAAAAUUACUUGAAUAAUAUAAUCUAACCUCAAACUAAACUUCUGUACAGUUCAGUUUCAUAGAAAAUGGAAGUUUUUGAAAACUUGUCAGAGGAAUCAUGGACCACGGUGGUCAAGGGCAGUUUUGUCGUGGGAUUGUUUCUGUUUACUCUCAUGUUUGCACUUCUGCCGAUGAUUGUCAUCAAGAGCUAUCGCACUGAGAGGGACCCGGACAAACGGACACAGUACUCCAGACUGAUUGGUCUCUUGAACUGUUUUGCUGGAGGAGUGUUCCUUGGCACUGCGAUGUUGCAUCUCCUGCCAAACGUUAUUGAUAUGCUCAAUGAGGUGAAGUUGGAGACAAAAUUUCCAAUUGCAGAGUUCACAGUGGCAUUUGGAUUCCUGUUGGUUAUGGUCGUGGAGCAGACCGCUCUUGCAUGCAAGGAGCAGGAAGUGGACACUCUGAAUCCAAUUCAGAGACUCAAUCAGCGUGGACCUGUCAUAGACUCGGAAAUAUGUGGCCUUAGGCAAAGACAGACUGGGUGUUUUUUUGAGUCUUCAACUGGUUACGGGGCAGUAGAACACAUGACCGAUACUGGCUGCUCUACCGUCAGUCUCUCUGUGCACAAUCAAAACUGUGGAAACACCGCAAGAGCUUCGCAGGAACCGUCUGCAACUUAUCUACCUGAGACAGUCGAGCCGAAGCCCACGUCCUACUUGCGCUCAGUGUUGCUGCUCACUGUGCUCUCCCUGCACUCGCUAUUUGAAGGCCUCGCUAUCGGUCUCCAGAACAAUAUUGAGUCCAUCUUCAAUAUUUUUGCAGCAGUAAUGAUCCAUAAGCUGAUUGUGGCGUUCAGUGUAGGGCUAAGCCUGCUCCAGUCCAAGCUACACAUGGCCUCGGUGCUGUCCCUGGAUGUGCUGUUCGCCCUCAUGUCACCUUCUGGUCUUGUGUUGGGACUAUUUGUUGACACAUUUCAGUCCAGUCCGAGACAACAGCUGUUCUCAGGCAUGCUUCAAGGCAUCGCUUGCGGCACUUUUGUUUACAUCACCUGCUUUGAAGUUCUGCCUAAGGAGCUGACUCAAGGACGAGACCGAUUGCUGAAAUUGCUGACUCUCUUAGUCGGUUUUUCAGUCACCGUCGGAAUUAUCUUCAUUGAUGGCAGAUAAUUAACAAGUUUGCAGCAGCUAUUCAUUUAUAAGUCAUAAGUCUUCCUUAUAGCUUUAUAGCGUUAACAGGGCUUCUCUGUAAUUAGACUAUUAAUUAAGCCUAGUCAACCAUAGUUGUACAUUCAAAAUUACAGUUCUGUGUAUAAUUACUGAUUAUAAUCACUGCCAAUGAACAAACUGAGAUGCUAAUACUGUAGAUUUUAAAGUCGUUUGUAAAAAUAGGGUUGCUAUUUUCAAUGCUGUUUAUUUAUUACUAAAUGUAAUUGAUUUUAAAGCGAUUGUUGUCAAUUAUUAUUAUACAGUGUGAAGAAAUAGUAAAUUGAGACUAAUUGUCUUUCAUAGUUUUUAAUGCACAUACACUGAACUUGUGAAUAAUUUAGAUUAACAGAUUGUAAUGUUAUUACAGCUAGAAAUUUAAGUUGCCUCAACCAUUAUUUCAGUGUUUGAGGCAUUUCUCAACCUGUGAUUCAUAUAUUUCAAUUUACUGUAUAUAAAUGUAUAGCAUAGUAAGGCUUUAACCAACAGAAUCACCCUUAAAGUUCACCAAAGGGGUAAUGUACUGAUAAAUGUGUGAUAUUUUAAAACUAAAUGCAAGAACCUAUGUUUAUUUUAUAGUGUAUCAUGUUGGUGCUUGUAAAGUAAGAACUUGCCUUACUUUUGAUAUAAGUUUAUUGUAGUUUAAUCUUGUACAUAUUUUUGUAGAGAUCAUUUAUUGUUAUUGGUAAGUAUAUUAAGUAAACUAUUGUUUUAAUAAUAAUAUAAUACUGUGUUUAUAGUAGUUUUUCAGAAUAAGUGCCUUAUUUUUAAUUUGUAUAUUUAUAUGUAAUAUAAACUUCAAGAUAUGUAUUAUAAAUUUUUACCAAAUAUAUUAAACUUUUAAAGA